AUGUCAUCGGACUCCCAGAUUGCGCAGGCUUGUUCAAAGCGAUGCGGUGCCAAAAUUGUUUACGUCGAUCUCGUCAGCUUGCAAUUCGAGGAAGAAGUAGAAGACGAUGCCCUCGAAGAUGAGAAAGCUCCCGCCGGUGCAGCAGGACCAAAAUUCGGUUCUUCCAGAAGGGUGUACAUCUGUGUUGGGCAGUCGUGCAUCUUCUUGCUGAGAGCCAGCAUGUCUCAGAAGUUGAAAGCAUACGACGGUCAGAUCGACUACGUCUGGAUGGAAAAGAUUGUGCAGGACACGAGCAGCAGGUCUCGAUUUCUCUUGGCCUUGAACGAGAAGCGGCCCAAGGGAUCUCCGUCUCAGUUCAUCGUUGACACGGACAAUCGCGAUGGCUUGCUGACCUUGAUCUGCACGAACUAUGUCUCGGAUUGCAUUCAAGAUCUCGGGAGUUUGAAUACCCUACCCUUCGUGCAGCACAGCUUGGCCACAAGCCCUGCGCCAAGCCGAGUCGCAGCUCCAAAGGGCUUCAAGAUGAUGGAGUUUCGCGGCUACACCUUCUUCAUAAGGCAAAGUUUCAAAGAGCAGCCAAGCAAGAUCUCCAAAGUCUCUACGGGGCACUUCAAGGCCUCUGAGGGAGAUUUGAAUCUGGGGGAGAGGUCCUGGGGAUGGUCGCGGCAAGGCGAGGUGGAGCUCUUUGUGAACGUGGUUGAUCCGAUCCCGUUGUCGGAGUUGAUACCCCUCGGCCGCGAGCACGUCCGAUGGGUGGCAAUGGAAUGCAAAGCCUCCUUGUUGAAGUCAUGGGAUUCCGUGGUUUUGCAGAAUUCUCCGUACACGAAGAAGAUGACGGGGGCUUAUGGCACUGUCCUGGACUGUGACUGUUCUUCCGAGACUCCAUGCUAUGCUGGCCCAGGACAUAGCGGCAUGGAGUUGCUGGCGGCUCGCAGUGCGGGACAGUGCGGCCUGGGGGCGCACGACCAGGAAGACAGCUGGGCCAUCCUGGUGCUCAGGCCUCUGCGGAUCUCUGCGGCCUGCGGCUGGAAGACAGGUCUGAGAGUGUUAGAAGAGUAUUGGGCAUGGGGUCCGAUGGCGGCUGUGAAGGAGAGUGCCUGCAGCUCGCUGAGCCACGUUGGCCAGAUUCUCUUCGAGUACCUUUCGGAGCUGAGCCGAACCGAGCUGGAUUUGUUGUACGCGGAUGCUCCGUCGGUUCGCGUGAUCUUCAGGGAGGCGGUGCCCCCCGUGGCCCAGCAGCUGGUCAUGAGGCUCCUGCUCGGCGGCGCGCGGCCCUUCCAGGAGUCCGUGCUGAAGCGCUGGUGCGCCACCUUGUCGGCCCUGCCGGACACCGCCUACCUCAGUGUCCUACAGCGCCUUCAGAUCCUGCUCCCACAGAAAGCUCAAAAGCCCGGACAAGCUCCGCCCGGACAGCUUCUCAUGCUCCACAAGACGUUUCAAAGUAGCCUAUCUGCGUACUUGCAAGGUGCCCAAGAAGGCCAAUUGCUGAGAGAGCCGACCUGUCCUGGUUCGAGCUCCAAGGAUGCGGAUGUGUUACUGCGGUAUGCGCUUGCCUCCUGGGAGAGCUUCCUGGGAGAGUUGUUGGAUCCGGGCUCCCAGUCGCUGCUUGCAGACUUGGCGUCGGUCUUGAACUUCAAGGAUGGGUCUGGAGGCCUGACGGCGGCAGGAUUCCAGUUCGUGCUGGACGAGCGCCAGCAGCAGCUCUGGCGCUUGGUGAUCUCUUUCCUCAAGAAGGAUGGGGCCGCCGAAACCGGGGCCGAUGGCAGGCAGCGCGCGUUGCAGGCGCUGCUUGCGAUCGGUGAGCUCGGCCUGGGUGAGCGCCUCGCUUCGAGUGCUCCAAGGCCGUUCCUUCGAUUCCUUGUGGAUCUCGGAGUGCUCUACGAGGCCGGCGAGGCCGGUACCGGCGAGGCCGGUGCCGGUACAGGGAGCUUGUUGAUCACGCCCGCCGCGCUGGCGCUCUUUCGAAGGGAUGUGAGCCAGAGGCUCUCCCGCAGCGCCGGUAGUGAGGCAGGGGAGUCACAGGGCCUCAUCGUCGAGAGCAACUUCAAAGUAUACGGUUACAUCUCGAGUCCUCUCCAGGCCCUCCUCCUCGGACACUUCUGCGAAAUCUUGGUGAGGUUACCCAACCUUGUGGUGGGCCAGCUAACGGCCGAAUCAGUCCUGAAGGCCAUGAGCCAAGGCAUCCGUGCAGCGCACAUGCUCCGCUACCUGGAGGCCGCCGCCCACCCGCAGCAGCGACUGCGCGAGGGCGAAAGCGGCGAAGGCUCCGUGCCCUCCAACGUCUGCGGCCAGCUCGAGGUCUGGGAGUCCAGUCGAUCCCGGGCCGCGUCCUCGUCGGCGGUGCUCUUCGAGUGGAGCGCGGAGGACUGCGAGGACACGUUCGAAGAGGCCAAGAAGCUGGCCCAGGCUCAAGGAGCGCUGCUGUGGUCUCGAGGAAGGGAAGCGGAUCGAGCGCCCAUGCUGGUGGUGCGCCCAGAGGCUGCAGCACGGCUUCGAGAGCUCCUUGGGGUUUCGGCGCCGAAGCCGCCGAAUCCGCCCAAUCCAGUGCAACCGGCGAAGACGCCCUCCGCCUUUGCACGGAGCUUGAAUCCGAGCAAGCGGCUGCGGCAGUAUCUGCCUCCGAUGAUGGACGUCGUGCAGGAUUUCAUCCUUGCCAUGAAGUGCCCGAGCAAGUCUGUGAGCGCAGAGGUGGUCCAGGGGAAGCUCCUGAACGAGGUUGCCUUCAUUGCCGACAGUUUCAGCCCGGCCCCACAUCCGAACCUGAAUGCCGACAUCGUCCAGGCCAAGCUCGACGCGCUUCUCUACGACUCCGAAGCUUAUGCCUGGAUCCACAAUCGGUUCAAGCUGCAGCCACACGGGCCGGUUGAUGUAGAAAAGCACGCAACCAUCUUCGUCAAGGGCGUGGUGAAGAGUCUCUACAACGAGCACGUGCUCUCCUCAAUAGAGGUCCUCGAGGAAAUCUCGAGUCGGACCGAAGAGAAUUGCACCCUGGCCGAAGCUGACCUGGAGCCCCUGACGGUGGCGCUGAAGCUGCUGAGCCACCCGGGCCAGGGCCUUCCGAGGCUUGAAAAGAUGAGCCUCCCACCAAUGCCCGAUGCUGUGCUCAACAGCGGCACUCCAGAGGGGACGGCCUCGACACUGACGCUUACCGAAGAUGCAUGGGACUUGCUGGGUCUGAGCGCAUCCGAUGCCAUGAACGACCGAGACAUGCACAUCAAGAACGGUCAGGUGUGCCUUUUGACAGGUGGAGAUUACAUGAAUGCAAAGAGGAGGUAUGCUUUGGACAACCGCGAAGCACAAAGGGCACAGUGGCGACAGCAAGCAGAGCAGCGAUUGGCCAAGGCCGAUGCGCGACGUGGUGGCCUGGACAAGGCUGCAGCCGAGGGCGGCGUGAUGAAAACUGCGAAGUUCACCUGGAGCAAAGACGGGGCGAAGUCCUUUGAGUGGCGGAAGAUCUACCACGCCUUGGUGGGCAAUGUGGGCCCGGGGGAAGGUGGCUUGCUCGCAGAGGCACUGAUCACCCCGACCUCCAUGCGGAUGUACACUGACCACCGCGUCAUGGGCCAGGUGGUCUUGCCAGGAGUCUCGCACGUGUCUCUUAUGGCCGCAACAGCAUCUCAGGGAUUCCCAAACCCCGGUGGCGGAUUGGGUGAUUGGCACAUCAGCGUCAAGGAGGUUCUCUUCGAGCGGCCUUACAUCGUCCACUCCGGUGCUGAGCUCAUCGCAGCCAUCGCUAAUGGUGUGGAUCCCUCGACCGUUCAGGCCAUGGCUGGUGGACUUCCGAUCCCGAUGACACCUGUGGGUGUGCCAACCACAUACUGUCGCGCGACGAAUGUGACAAAGGAGCGUGGCAUUGUCAAGUCUACGCUGGCAUACACGCCUGGCAAGCUCGCGUGGCUCAUUACUUGGCACACAGGUUCCAGCGUGACCCUGACAGAUCUCAUCCAGGGUGUGAACGCUGCCGGGGUUUCCAAGGAGACGUCGGAAGUUUUUGAGGACAUUCUGCCGGGGGCUUUCAGGUUCUACGUCUAUGCGAAGCGCAUCUCUUUUGCAUUUCAGGGCGUUUCUGCUGCAUUUGCGACCUUGCAACCUUCAAGCUCCCUGGGAGCUCAAGGCAAGGCGGCGUGGCCGGGCAUGACGGCUCUCCCGUUUGAACCCUUCUCAGGCGCGGGCGAUGGAAAGGAGGUUGUGAAGGUGACUUGCACCUUCACCGACAAGGUCAUGCAGGCGUUGCUCGAAACUGGGCACCUGCGCGCAGACCUGGAAGACCUGGACCUAGGCGAGGGUUGCAUGAGCAUGGAGUAUGCCGCCCUUCUUGCGAACCUCCUCUGCUGCGAGACCUCCUCGACCAACCUGAAGGCUUGUGUUUGCAGGAUGAUCAUCGCCGACGAGGACAUCGGCCAGAACGGCCAGGCCACCGUCUUGGCGGAUGGGCUCAUGCAGCUGCUCUGGAGAGGCGCGCCCUUCCUGGUGACCUACGCCUGUGCGGCGUUGGUGAACCUCUGCCAGGGCCAUGAAGUUGUUCGAAGUCAUCUCAUUCACAACGACAUCAUCCCGCUCUGCAAGCAUAACAUAAGGACAUACGAUAACGACCUGGUGCUGUACUCGCUCAUGGUUCUGGUUCAGUUGACAAAGAGGUCCAAUCAUCGUGCGUCCGUGGAGAGGUACGGGCUUCUGGAGUUCUGCACCGGCUUGCUGCACUCGCUCCAUGCCCAAACAGAGACGAGGUGGAGGGUGCUGGCCGAGCUCUGCAACAUCCUGGGCCAGCUCUUCGCCGACGACGCGUCGAGGGAGGCUGCAGCCGCACCAGAGAGUCAGGUCUUCGAUUUCCUGAUGACGCUCAUGGAGUCUUCCGUCUCCCAAGGCGUGUCGCCGCUGCCUGACUGGAGCAUCAAGCUUCAGAGCAAGGUGCUGCUCGCCUUGCGCUCUCUUUGCCAAGUGUCGGCAUCGCGCCGUCAGCAGGUCUGCGACCAUGCGAGCAAGCCUCUGCCCAAGCUCAUGUCGGCACUGGGGAACCAGGCCAACCUGGAGCAUGCGGAUUGGAUGAACCAGGCUAUACUGCUCUGCUCGGCACUGAGCACCACCAGGGAGCACCUCGUGGACCUGAAGGAGGCUGGCUGGGAGCAGGCCUAUCCGGUGAUGAGCACUUGCCAGACUGCGGCCGAGCGCGACCUUCUCCGAGAGAGGAUGAUGGUCAUCAGCAACGCGAUUGCCACGCUUGCAGGUCAAAGCAAGUAG